AUGGAAGUCGCCAAAGGAAACGUUGAGAGACUUGAAGGAGACAUGGAGAAAGCUUGCGGGUCAAGAAAACUAGAGUUUCAAUGUCUUGAUGGUCAACGUGUAAUGAAGGCAAGAAAAGGGAAUAUCCAAGUGAUGACAAGCCAAGGAGAGAAGAUCAUCAAAGAGGUGUUUCUAGUGCCAGAUUUACUCUUGAAGAGACAGAGGUUACAAGUUCAAGGAAGCAACUUAGAGUUAGACCGAAACUCAAUUAAGGGGGAGUGUUGGAACAUAAUUGAGUUUGUUCUAACACUUGAUCUCUUUUAG